GGGAGAACGACUCAGCUGUUAGAGAGACGGGUACUGCCAGGGGGUCUCGUGCAAACAUCCGGGGCAUUAGACAUGCACGAGUAAGAGGUGCGGAGAGAUGCUUCCAACCUGAAUGAAUGGCGGGCACGGCGAGAUGACAGGUCCUGCUUCUAUGUACAACUGUUUGAUAGAUAUUCAUGCCAGCUCCACGCCUCAUGUUCACCUCCAGUAUUUCUCCUGAGGUUGGGACAGCCUCCUGAAACGCUCACCUGUACUGCUUGCUGAUCACACCAAGAGAUAUUCAUCCUGAGCUAUCAGCGUUCCGACUGGCACCAUGUCUGGGAGCUAUACUCCAUCUCCUGGAGGUCCAUUCUCUGCCCUCACGGCCAGUAUGUGGCCACAGGACAUACUUGCCAAGUACACCCAGAAGGAGAAAACCGUGGAACAGCCUGAAUUCCGAUAUGACGAGUUUGGCUUCCGAGUGGAUAAGGAAGAUGGUGCAGAGCCUAAUUCCAGUAAGCUGUUGGGUAUUCCACUCACUGAGGAUCCUCAACAAAGGCUGAAGUGGCAGGCCCACUUGGAGUUCACGCACAAUCACGAUGUGGGAGACCUAACUUGGGACAAGAUUGAUGUCACACUCCCACAUUCGGACAAGCUGCGAUUACUUGUCCUGGCAGGAAUCCCCCACAGUAUGAGGCCACAGCUGUGGAUGAGACUUUCAGGUGCCCUGCAGAAAAAGAGGAAUUCUGAAAUGACGUACAGAGACAUUGUGAGGAACAGUUCCAACGAUGAGACUCUGGCAGCUAAACAGAUUGAGAAGGAUUUGCUUCGGACUAUGCCCAGCAAUGCCUGUUUCUCUAACCUACAAAGUGUAGGUGUUCCUAGACUCAGGAGAGUCUUGCGUGGACUGGCAUGGUUGUAUCCAGAUAUUGGGUAUUGCCAAGGCACUGGCAUGGUGGCUGCUUGCUUGCUGCUCUUCUUAGAAGAAGAGGAUGCAUUCUGGAUGAUGAGUGCCAUUGUAGAGGACUUGGUGCCAGCCUCUUACUUUAGCACCACACUACUUGGUGUGCAAACAGACCAGCGGGUAUUGAGGCACCUUAUUGUACAGUAUCUCCCACGUCUGGAUAAGCUACUACAAGAACAUGAUAUUGAACUGUCUCUCAUAACGCUACACUGGUUCCUCACUGCAUUUGCCAGUGUUGUUCAUAUUAAGCUCCUGUUAAGGAUCUGGGAUGUGUUCUUCUAUCAAGGCUCUCUGGUCCUCUUCCAAACCACCCUGGGCAUGCUGAAAAUGAAGGAGGAAGAGCUAAUUCAGUCUGAGAACUCUGCUUCUAUCUUUAACACUCUCUCAGACAUCCCAUCUCAGAUAGAAGAGCCAGAUAUUCUCCUGAGAGAGGCCAUGAUGAUAUCGGGGACUCUUACAGAGGUCAUGAUUGAGGCCCAGAGACGCAAACACCUGGCGUACCUCAUUGCAGAUCAGGGGCAGCUGCUAAACACGACUGCUGCUGUAACUAAUCUUUCAAAGAUUAUGAGGAGACAGAGUCAGCGCAGGAAAUCUGGGAUCACCACGUUAUUAUUUGGUGAUGAUGAGUUUGAGGCCCUGAAGUCCAAGAACAUCAAGCAGACCGCACUGGUAGCAGAUCUGCGUGAGGCCAUCCUGCAGGUUGCUCGACAUUUUCAGUGCACCGACCCCAAGAACUGCAGCAUCGACAUGACUCCUGAUUACUCUAUGGAGAGCCAUCAACGAGACCAUGAGAACUAUGUUUCCUGCUCUAGAAGCAGGCGCCGAAGGGCUAAAGCAUUGCUGGACUUCGAGCGGCACGAUGACGAUGAGCUUGGAUUCCGAAAGAAUGAUAUAAUAACGAUCAUUUCCCAGAAAGAUGAACACUGCUGGGUGGGGGAACUGAAUGGACUCCGAGGUUGGUUUCCUGCUAAGUUUGUUGAGAUUCUUGAUGAAAGGAGUAAAGAGUAUUCAGUUGCUGGGGAUGACUCAGUUACUGAAGGUAUUACCGAUCUGGUCAGGGGAACGUUGUGUCCUAGCAUCAAGGCAAUCUUUGAACACGGCCUGAAGAAGCCAUCCCUGUUAGGAGGACCUUGCCACCCGUGGUUAUUUAUAGAGGAGGCUGCUAGUCGUGAAGUGGAGAGAGACUUUGACUCUGUGUAUUCACGCCUUGUCUUGUGCAAGACCUACAGGUUAGAUGAGGAUGGCAAAGUGUUGACUCCAGAGGAGUUAUUGUAUCGAGGGGUUCAGUCUGUGAAUGUCAGUCAUGAUACCGCACAUGCACAAAUGGAUGUCAAACUGCGUUCGCUCAUUUGCAUUGGACUCAAUGAACAGGUGAUCCACUUGUGGCUUGAAGUUCUAUGUUCCAGCUUACAGACGGUGGAGAAGUGGUACCAGCCCUGGUCUUUCCUCAGGAGUCCGGGUUGGGUUCAGAUCAAGUGUGAGCUAAGGGUUCUUUCAAAAUUUGCCUUUAGUUUAUCUCCAGAUUGGGAGCUUCCUGUGAAAAAAGAGGACAAAGAGAAGAGACCGUUAAAGGAAGGGGUACAAGAUAUGUUGGUAAAACAUCACCUUUUCAGCUGGGACAUUGAUGGAUGACAGUUGUCACCCUUGUGCUCCAAGUCUUGCCGUACUGACUUCUAGAGCCUUACUGAACUCCAAAAUGCACUUUUCUAUUCCAUGUUCUACUGCCAAGAGUUCCCAAAAUUAGUCUACUAUUAAUACGCCCUUGCUUUGGAGUAACACUCCAAUAUGAAUGUAAAAUGGUGUGAUACAAGAAAUGGAGGACCAAGUGGAGGAAGAUAACAGCAUUUUUUGUCAUGGAUUCAACUUUUUUCAUUACUUUGUUGUCUUGUUCCACAGGGAGUUUAUCUGAAGGGAA